ACGUUCCUUUUUUUCCUCCCCCACAGCUGCCUCGAAAAAGUGCGUCACUUUGGUCCGCUCCUUUUUGCACAAAAUAACCAACCAGAAUUUCCUCUCUCCGUGGAAAAUAAACACAGAGUCGAAAACCCACAAAAAGUUGUAGACGAAAAUGGCAUCAUUUGCAGAGGCACCGCCUGGAAACUCAAAGGCAGGAGAGAAAAUUUUCAAGACCAAGUGUGCCCAGUGCCACACUGUUGAAAAAGGCGCCGGCCACAAACAAGGUCCCAAUUUGAAUGGUCUCUUUGGAAGGCAAUCUGGAACAACGCCUGGUUAUUCCUACUCUGCUGCUAACAAAAACAUGGCUGUUAUUUGGGAGGAAAAGACACUGUAUGAUUACUUGCUGAACCCCAAGAAGUAUAUACCAGGAACAAAGAUGGUUUUCCCAGGACUGAAGAAACCACAAGAUCGUGCUGACCUCAUUGCUUAUCUGAAAGAGUCUACAUCUCAAUGAAUGUCUAGUAUUCUGUGCACGUCACCAUUUUGCAGUUGAGAAGCGUAAUAUGCUUUAUUCGGGGAAGACAAAAAUAGUUCUUUUUUGCAAUAAAUAGAUCAUUGAAUGGUCUACUGUGCUCCACAUUUCCUGGAGUCAUUAUUGUAGUCAUUGCCUCUUUAGAGAGGUGUUGCCCUUGUCAAACUGAAAUUCGAAUUAAACUUGAGUACAUCCUGUAACAGCAUGAAUAGAUUGGCUUCAAUGAUUGAGGACUAUUUGAUGUUGUUAAAGCUUA